AUGGCUUCAUUUCAUUUUGCAAACGAUCCUCGAGCAAGAGAACUUUAUGAGACGGCCAUCCUUCAGGGAAAAGAGAAGGACAAAAAUGUGAGAGUAAUGGUGAUAGGUUGUUAUGGUCAGGGAAAGAGUUCUCUCGUUAAAUGUUUAACAGGACAGUCAAUAGAAGAUGUGGAAUCUACAAACGGAAUAGAUAUAUGUAUUUGUAACAGUCAGAAUGGAUCUAAAUGCUGGAACAAAAAGGAAGACAAUGAUAUAUCAACUGAAAGUGUGAAAAGACUCGUAUCAGUUGCAAUGGAUCAUUCUUUGGACACAUAUAAAAGCAAAAUAAGUGACAAAAAUUCUGAUAUCAAAUGCGUGAAGCAAAAGUCUAAUUUUGAAAAUGUUAUGUGUGAUGCAGAUGUAAAAAUUGUCCAAGCGGAACCAGAGUAUUCUUUUAAAAAUGUAAAACUUAAGGAAAGUCAGGGUCAAAACAACGAAAAGAAAACUACAAGUAAACAAGUAGUACACAGAGAAAAACUUGAUAUCUCGACACCUUCGGGCUCUACUAGGGCUGAGCCUACAAAAGCCAGCAUAAAUCGUUCCAAAGCCCCGACUCCGCAGUCAAUUGAAUUUGCAAAGGAAAUAAAGAUGGCUGAACGGAGAAGGGAUUUGUCAGAGAAAGACCGUUUACAUAUUAGUAUUUGGGACUUUGGAGGACAGUUUGUUUACUACGCUACGCAUCAGCUGUUUCAUUCAAGACAAGCAGUAUACCUCCUUGUAUUUAACAUUGCCCAAGACCUUGAUAGGCAAGUGAAGGAUGACGAAUGUCCUGUGAAACAGCAGAGGAAAACGAUGAAAGAUUACUUAAAGUUUUGGGUCGACUCUGUACACACCUUUGCUGGAAAUGAUCAGGCAACAGAACCACCUAUUUUUCUAGUCGGCACACAUUUAGACCAGCUACAAAAUGAAGAUGACGUGGAUGAAAGAUUUGACGAAGUGAGAAAAAUAUUUGAAGGUAGUAAGUCUGCUUAUCACAUACAAAAAAUUCAUUUUCCUGUUUCAAACACAAAGCCCAGCGAAACAACUUUAGACUUCAUUCGCUCAGCAGUCACGGAAGUUGCUGGUGAACAGACGACAGAACGUUUCAUUCCUGCUCGAUGGAUCCCGCUAGAAAGUAGCUUGAAAGAACAACGUCAUUUGAAAAUCGUUGAUUUGGCAAGAGUACAAGAGAUCGAUAGUAAAAAUGAAAUACCCGUUGGUUCGGAGGAGCAAAUAAAAUUGUUCUUGCAGUAUCAUCAUGAAAAGGGAAAUUUUUUCUUUUUUGACAGCGAAGGCGAAAAUACGAAUUAUAUUGUGCUAGAACCACAAUUCCUUAUUGAUGCGUUUAAAUGUAUCAUCACGGCUGAGAAGUUUUGUCGGGUUGAUCCAAGUCUAAGAAAGCUGUGGAACAAACUUUGUAACGAGGCAAUUCUAGAAAAGGAACUUUUGCGUGCACUUUGGGGUAAAGAUCCGAAUACUGUAUUCUUGAAGUUCGAAGAUGUACUGUUGUUUUUCUUACAAAAGCACCGAAUACUAGCAGAAGCUUUAGAAUUCGAAGACAGCAGUGUUGCUAUCCAGUCGCGGAAACUUGGAUUUUACAUCGUACCAAGCCUUUUAAGAAAGUCUGAUAGCAUUACUAUUUGUGCCUUCUUGAAAGGAAAAAAAUACACCAAAACAUCUCUGGGAUAUGUUUUUGAAUUUGACACGGUUCUCGCUACAGUCUUCAGUCGAGUAACUGCUGCCGUUCUUGCCAAAUGGCCUCUCCUUGAAUUCAAAGGUAAUCCUUUGAUAUACGAAAAUGUUGCUGCUUGCAAACUAACAUUUGAUCAUGCAGGGUUGCUGAUACUUGAGAAAAAAUCCCUUGAACUACUUGUGGUCAGUCUUUGUCCCCCGGAUGGAGUUUGUAAUCUCAACAGUGAUAUAUUUCGACGUUUUGUGGAGAUGGUGAUAGAACAAGAGUUGAAUAAAUUUCGCAGAAUUGAUUCUGAACAUCAAGAAACGAAAAAAACUUCAAAAUUGGUCAGAUGCUAUGACAAAGAACAUGACUGUAAAGGAAGUUUGAACGUGCAUGAUCUUGACACACUACAAAGAUGUAGGAAGACAAAAAUAGCAUGCCCUGACCAUGCAAGUCAUUCUCUAGUCAUACAAGAUGUUAUACAUGAAUGGUUUAAACCCGAAAUUGCUCAUAGUGACCUACCGAUACGGCAGCUGACAGAAAAAGAACUAAGUAAGUUAUCACGAGGAAUUGGGAAGGACUGGGAAUUCCUGGCACGACAGUUAGAUAUUCCAGAUGCUGAGAUUGAACAUAUUUGUCUUGAUAAAGCAACCACCGCUUCAAAGAUAUACGAGUCGCUAAAAAGAUGGAAAACUCGAAAAGCGGACAAAGCGACACUCGAUGUGCUGGUUAGUAUCAUCCAAGAAUGCAGAGGAUUCAUUACAAUUGAUGAUGACAUUCUGAAAGAUCUCAUUGAUGGUAUCUAAGAAGGCACGCACGUGGCUUGAAAUUUCGUUGAAUGGUAUGGCGGACAGAGAUAGAUGCAAAACAAAAUUGUCAAAGUAUAUUAGGUAUGCUAUUAAAUUGUACAUAUUACACAGUGAAACAGGGAAAGUGAAUAGUUGGCAAAUUUUACUAGUAUACUAGUACAUAACUUUAAGGAAGCACUUAUCUUGCUUCCAUUAUGGGGCUGUUAAGAUCCGUGGAGGAAGAAGAUUUAGUAAUUUCAUUAACUGUGGUUUUCUAAAAAAUGUUCUUUUAUUUACGGUAUUAUUUCAUUAAGUAGAAAACAAACUGAUUAUACGGAUACAGAGAUGGUGAUUAAGGAUUAUGUUAAUUGGAACUAAGUUUUCGACAAAAGAUACCAAAAGAAGCGUAUGGGAACUUUAGAAAUCUUGUUUGAAAUCUUGAGAUUAAUAGUAAAGGAUAAGUGAGAAUGAAACGGAACCUGAAACUGACUUUAAUAUACACACAAUCAUAAUGUAUAGUGCACAGUACAGAAUAUUUAAUAUAUAAGGAUUUAUCGACCCCCGAGAAAAAAAGAUUUUGACCGAGGGCGAUAUCACUUUUCCACGGUUGAUAAAUCAUCAUUUUGACGAAACCGUGGUAUUUUUCUUGUGUUAUGGUGUUUAAGUGUGCACGACUUAACCCUUUUGACGUCACAACGUUAUGCCGUCACACAUGUAGGUAAAUAUGUGUUUUGACUCCGCUGUCGAGUCAGUAUUACUUUUAUCACUAACCAUGGAUUGUAUUUAGACAAAUGGAAACAACUAUGAAUGAAAAUACAUGUAUAAUUUUUGCUGACCGCAUUAUUAUUUAAGCUGUUAAAAAGUGUUGGAAAUAAUUGUAUUGAAUGGAUAAAGACACUUUUAAAUAACGGUACAUAGAUUUAAGGGCAUUCCCUCAGAUGCACAAAAACAUGGAUCAGAAUAAUUAUCAAUUGUCAUGAAAUUAUAUUUUCUAAAUUCAUAAUUUUUCAGUCUUGUCUUAUAUAAAAAUAAAAUACCGUUAAAUUAUUUUAAUUUAAUUUUACAUAUUUUCUACUGUUAGACGGAGUGGAUAGUUUUAUUAUGUAUACUAUCUAGAACACACUGAGCUAUUUUGUGUUUACCUUUUCCUAACAGUUUCAUUUGAAAUUAUAAAAAUCGACAAAUAUCCUGAGAUCCGCCCCUUGAAAAAUAUAAUGUACAUUGCAUAUAAUAAUAUCAAUGUUAUUUAUAUGUAUACCUUUGACAACUAUGUCAGUUGCUGAAUGUUGUUAAGCUUGAAAAAUAACCCAAACGUCACUGUUGUAAUUCCAUUAUAUGUCUAUAAAUAAGCAUCAACUUGUUUGCAUUUUCAACAGAUUUUGCCAUUCUUUACGGAGGGACAAAUUUUAAGUGAUAUUAUAUGAUUUCAAGUUACCCCGUUUUCGAAACGUUUCUGUGGAAUACAGUGCUUUAAUCUGUUAUUGACAUAUAUAAUUGCUGAUAAAAAAAAAGCAAAAACGAUUCGUAUGACUGCCAUGGUUUCAUUUCAAAUUGUCUUAACUUGUUAUUCUAAUUUCACUAAUUUAUAUACUACAAUCAAAUUUUGCAGUAUAGUCGAUCAUGAAUACUUUUUUUGUGUUUGUUUACAUGUGACAAACUAGUGCUGCAUAUUAUUGUCCGUAAGUAUUGACCUGGCACUCAUGAAUAUUCCGUAUGUUUCCGUAAAUUAAUUUUCGGUGUCCGAACCCAAACAAUGAUAUAACUAUUGAAAAGUCAAUUAUAUACCAUCACGUAUCAUAUGCAGGUAUAGCUGUGCGGACAAAGCGUUUUGCCAUUAAUCUCAGGGUUGAGUGUUGGAGUCCUCUGUCUGACCAAAUUGUUUUUUUUUUUAAUGAUUUUAUCUGUAAACGACGGAAACUUGUCACACUUUCAUGCUUUAUCAAUGAAAUACUCUACUAUCGAUUACCAUUCUUCUACGUACAUAAAACCGUUCUACAAAAUGUCGUUUAAAAUCUUCAGGACCGGACAAGCAUUCAUUCAUUCAUUCAUUCAUUCAACGGACAAUUCAAAGAACAGUUGUUAGCGAUACGAAAUGCAAUGUUUCAUAAAAAAUAUAUAUAAUCAUAGAUACAAAUACAAACACAAGGAAUUAUACUUUAAAAAAUGGUUAGUAAAGUAUUCGAACCCAUGGUAACGUGUUUUCAAGUCGGAGAGCUUACCACUACACCACUGUGCCGUUGGUUCUCUAAAUUGAUUAUUUUGAUAAAUGUAGAUAUUUUCAGGACACGAAUAUCACGUGAAAUAACGAAAACGCGCAAAAAUAUUGGCGAAGAUUAAUGAGUGCCAGGUCAAUACUUACGGACAAUAUCAUAAAAGUUCGAUAAUAAGCCGCGGGUUAUUUUAUUAUCUAGUUAGAAAUUAGAGAAAUUCUAUCAUUGAAUGUAUUUAUUUUACUAAUUUAAUAAAAACUGAUAUUGCUGUGUUUCAUAUUUAUGAAGAUAAUAUUUUACGCUUCGUCUAGUAGAACUUGUAUGUUAAAAAUUAAAAUGUUUAUUCUAUAUAAUUUUGUAACCGUAUUCCGAACGAAUCAUCAAUCAGGCAGAUAUCUAAUAUAUGCCUAUAGAAAACUUCAAUAACUUAGCUAACUAAAUCAUUAGCUUAAUUUUGGCACUGAUUUUCAAAAUCGACUUAUUAUCCAGAUUUUAUGAUAUGGGAUGAUUUUUGUAUACAAAUGUAUGUCCUACGAUCGGUUUUAGUUGUACAUGUAUAAUGCAAUGUUUGUAAUUAAUACUUCCUAAUCAUUACAUUUGAUUGUUAACGUAUUUUAUGCAUGUAAGCAUUAAUAGAAAUAUUCUUAAUGUUUAUCUGGUGUUAUCAGUAGAGAUGGUACUUAAAAAUUUCAAAUUCGACCUUUUAGGGUUUAUUCGGUGUAAAACAAUAGCUAAGUGCACAUAUUUACUAAAUAUAUGUAUUUUUUCAUCUUUCAAUAAAAACAGGCUAUAUUGAAAUUUCUUUGGUAAAUUCAAAAUUCACGACUAGUUAAGAGUCUAAAACUCGUGAAAACAUUUAUUCUCACGUACCAGGGGUUUGCCACGGUUCCUUAUUUCAGUACUUGAACCGCUGAUGUAUGGGAAUGGAAAAUAUUCUGAGUGAAAAAGAAUUAUAUGCUCUUUAUUAUGAGCUUACAAAAACCAUACCAGCAAUUAUCCUAUGGCAUGUUAUAAUCUAUUCUAUUCUAUAAACAAACCCAUACAACAUUUCACUAUCAAUAGUUUACCAUUUACGAGUCGAUAACUGUUAUAACUGAUUGCCCGAGUAUAAUGCUAAAUGUGUGUUUUAAGGAAUAGGUAUAGCUAAUGCACUCACCCGUGCGGCAGCGUCGGCGUCCCGAUUUGGUUAAGUUUUUAUAUGUACAUGUACUUAAGAUGGUAUCUAAGUAGCCAUUCAUCUUGAAACUUCACACACUUAUUCAGUGUGAUGAAAUGAGUUAUAAAGCACAGGAUCCAUAACAUUCUUGCUUUUAACAGAAUUAUACCCCUUUUACGACUUUUGGUUAAGUUUUUGUAUGUAAGCUGGUAUUUCAGUACCCAUUGAUGGGAAUGGAUUGAAACUUUACACACUUGUGGACAUGCAUUGAAAAGGGUUCGUAACUCUACUUUGCAUUUUUACAAAACUAUGCCCCUUUUUCGACUUAGCAAUAUUUAGUUUAGUUUAGUUUUAUAUUUCAGGUGAUAGCUCAAUACCAACUAAUGGGAAUGGUUUGAAACUUCACACAAUUGUCCACUUUGAUAAGCACAGGUUCCAUAAUUCUGUUUUGCAUUUUUGCAAAAUUAUGCCCCUUUUCACAACUUUUAUAUUCAUUCGAUUUUCAAGGCUGUUGAAUAGUCGAGGGUUGCUGUCCUCCAACAGCUCUUCUUAUGUUAUGUAAAUUGAUCUUGAUUACUAAAGUUGCUCGCUUAUAUUUUUUUUCAACAAUGAUUUGUUUACCGUAUUGAAAAUACAUUUAAUGACAGCGGCCUUUGUGUUUCACUAUAUAUGUAAAUCCCUAUAUAAUGUAUAUUUUUAUUGGCUCAUUCUACCGAUAACUUAACAUAAUUUUGCCAGUUUUGUCGAGUGCGACUAUAUUUGCAGAGAAGUACCCCUGUCAGAAGAGUCAAAGAAAUAAUUCAAUUUGAAACACUUUUAAAACAAUGAUAUGAAAUAACGAAUAUAUCAACAUUCUACAUAAGUUCAAAAUUGUUAUAAAUAUGUGCUAUUUCUCAUUGUCUUGUCGGAUAGACAUUUUACAUCAAAUUCAGUUUAAACAAAGUUUUCCCCUUUGUUACUGGUAACAAAAAAAUAUCAGGAAAAUAAAAUAUUUCUUAAGUACAUGCGCAAGAGUUGUCAGCUAGUUUUAAAGCCAUUAAUCUGUAUUUAAUUUGUAUGUUUAGUUUAUUGUAAAUAUUCGUGAAAUUAUGUUUUAUUCAUAACUGUUAUUCAUUGAAUUAAUCAUGCUUAUAUAUUGAAAUGUAAAUUAACCUUGUUAACACACAUGGUUUUGGUGUAGUGGUGUUUUUUUUUUCAGGGUAAUUGUUUUACAUUGUUUAUAAGAUAUAUUGUGGAUAAUGUAAAACAAGUAUUUUUCUUGUCUGGUCAACCGUAAAACACCACUACACCAAACAAUCCAAAACCAACUUACAAGUAAAAAAGCUGAAAAGCUUGGAAUCGACAGAAUACUUGAAAAUAAAAGCUAAAGAUACAUAUCUUUUGUAAAUCACUAAGCAUCUACAUAAUUCUUAAAUUGUAAAGCGGAAGACAUGCACACAUUCAAACAUAUGUCUAUAAACUACCUCAAUGCUUGAUUAUUAUGAUUAUUAUUUUCAACAACGCAGGUAGUCACAAGAUAUACUGGCUAAUUAAUAACAUGAUAAUAUUUAUAAAUAAAUCUUGUAUAAACAUAUCUUAAACAUAUAUUCCGAUAUAUAACGGAAAGAAUUCAAUUUAAUUUAUUGAGGCUGUGGUCAUUUUCAAAGAAACUCCAAUGGUGAAAUUCAUGGGAGUGUAAAAUAUUUCAUUAGCAUUCUACAAAAUGUAAAAACAGCGUAUAUACAUGAUGAAUUUGUUUGCCUUUGAUUUGUAUUUUAUUUUGGAUAGUUUGUGUUUUUUUGGUGUUUCGAUUAACCGUUCUUGUCCAUAUCAAUAUGUAGCAUCAUUUAUGUAUAUAAUUGGAAAUAUUGAACAGAUAUUUUAAUUUCAUGUUUUUUUCUCCAUAUUUUGUCGUUGAAUAUUAGAAUAAUACAUGCAUAUCUGGUAUUUUCACAUUGCAAAAUAACAAUUAUAUUUUUUGAUUUAAGUAUUAUUAUUUUAUAAUUGCUUAUUUGUAUGAAAGAGUUGUGCUAUUCCCAGUUUUCCGUCUGUUGCCACGGAAAACUAUUAUUAUAGUUGCAUGCAUUAUGCCAAUUUCUGCAGUAUAAAAACAGAAUGUUCAUACCGACAUGUUCGGUGCAUUUUUAGCUCACCAGAGCCAAAGGCUCAGGGUGAGCUAUAUGGAUCACUCACCGUCCGGCGUCCGUCGUCCGUCGUCCGUAAACUUCUACUUCAAACAACAUCUCCUCAUAAACCGCCAGGCAAAUUUCAUCCAAACUUCACAGGAAUGUUCCUUGGGUGAAGCUCUACAAAAGUUGUUCAAAGAAUUGAAUUCCAUGCAGAACUCUGGUUGCCAUGGCAACCGAAAGGAAAAAACUUUAAAAAUCUUCUUCUCAAAAACCAGAAGACCUAGAGCUUAGAUAUUUAGUGUGAAGCAUUGCCUAGUGGACCUCUACCAAAUUUGUUCAGAUCAUGACCCCGGGAUCAAAAUUGACCCUGCCCCAGGGGUCAAUUGAUUUUACAUAGAAAAAUCUUAAAAAAUCUUCUUCUCGAAAACCAGAAGCCCUACCCCUUAGAUAUUUGACAUGUAGCAUUGCCUAAUGGACCUCUACUAAAGUUGUUCAAAUCAUGACCCCGUGGUCAAAAUUGACCCCGCCCCAGGGGUCACUUGAUUUUACAUAGGAAAAUCUUCAAAAAAUUUCUAAAAAUAAAGCAGAAAGCCUAGAUCUUAGAUAUUUUACAUGUAGCAUUGCCUAGUAGACCUCUACAAAAUUUCUUCAAAUCAUGACCCCCGGGGUCAAAUUGGCCCCGCCCCAUGGGGUUACUUGAUUGUACAUAGAAAAAUCUUCAAUAUUUUCUAAAAAUAAACCAGAAGGCCUAGAGCUUAGAUAUUUGACCUGGGGCGGGGUCACUUGAUUUUACAUAGGAAAACCUUAAAAAAUCUUCUUCUCAAAAAGCAGAAGCCCUAGAGCUUAGAUAUUUGACAUGUAGCAUUGCCUAGUGGACCUCUACUAAAGUUGUUCAAAUUUUGACCCCGCCCUAGGGGUCACUUGAUUUUACAUAUGAAAAUUUUCAAAAAUACUCUUAAAAUAAACCAGAAGGCCUAGAGCUUAGAUAUUUCACUUGCAGCAUUGCCUAGUGGACCUCUACAACAUUUGUUCAAAUCAUGACCCCAGGGUCAAAAUUGACCCCGCCCCAGGGGUCACUUGAUUUUACAUAGGAAAAUCUUCAAACAUUUUCUAAAAAUAAACCAGAAGGUCUAGAUCUUAGAUAUUUGACAUGUAGCAUUGCCUAGUAGACCUCUACAAAAUUUCUUCAAAUCAUGACCCCCGGGGUCAAAUUGGCCCAGCCCCAUGGGGUUACUUGGUUGUACAUAGAAAAAUCUUCAAUAUUUUCUAAAAAUAAACCAGAAGGCCUAGAGCUUAGAUAAUUCACAUGUAGCAUUGCCUAGUGGACCUCUACAAAAUUGAUUCAAAUCUUGACCCCCCAGGGUCAAAUUGACCCAGUCCUAGGGGUUACUUUAUUGUACGUAGGGAAAUCUUCAUAAAUUUGCUUAAAAUAAACCAGAAGGCCUAGAUCUUAGAUAAUCGAUAUGUAACAUUGCCUAAUAGACUUCUACAAACUUUGUUCAAAUCAUGACCCCGGGGUAAAAUUGGCCCCGCCCCAGGGGUUACUUUAUUGUACGUCGGAAAAUUUUCCAAAAAAUUUCUAAAAAUCAUCAGUUUGACAUUUGAAACAUAUUACUCUGGUGAGCGAUCCAGGGUCAUCAUGACCCUCUUGUGUUAAAUUUGUGCUUUAUGGAAUAUCAGAUAACUAUGUUAGACUUAUAAGUUCGUGAUCAUGUUUCAGAAACCCUAAUAUAUCUUAACAAUGUUGUUUUUCUAAAGUCAACUUUUUCUGACAAUAUAUCGGCAAAAAAACGCAAAAAACAUUUUAUCCAUAAUACUUUUCAGAAAGGUUUUAUUGUUUGAAUAAUUCUAAUUUCUAAUUUGCGAGUUUAAAAGUACAAAAGAAACAACGUUUGAGGACAUGCAAGUACGGAAGUGACUGCCAGUAAGGUUUUAAUCAAAUUCGUAAAAUCCAAAUUGAUCAAUUGUUCAUAUAAGUCUCACAAGCAUGGAGAAGUAUUAUUUAACUGUUCAUUUACAUGUUAACGUAUACAGUCUAGAUAUACAUGUAAUACAUUCGUAUAUUUAUUAUCUGAACUGAUCAGUAUGGUUUCAUUUUUGAUUUCUUGUUCAAAACAAUUUCUUAAAUAUAAUUCAUUUCAUAAACAAUAUGUCAGAUGAUGCUACUUGGCUGAAAAAAUGACAUGUAUAGCGUAUAAGAUUAAAGAAGAUACUGUUGGAUUUGCAAAAAAAGGUGGGUUAAGUUUUAGAAUUAUUUAGGUUUCUGUACGGUUUGAAAUAGUGUAUGACUUCCUGCACUGAAGAUUUCAAGGUUGAGACCCAGUUACAUUUGACCAAGUGAUAAUUGAGGGUAGUGGCCUUUGAAUGUAUAUUACAGUAAUAGUCAAUUGUCUAUGCUCAGGAUUCUGUAAUACUCUUCUGUAUGUAAAAAUAUGUCGCAAUGUUGUAUUGAGUCUUAAAUAAUCUUCUGUUACAGUGUACAUCUAUUGAAAUAUCAGCAGCAGUGUCAGAUCAUUUGGUUGGCCUUGAGUAAUGUAAAAAUUCAUGUUUUCAAUCUCGAAAUACUUAAAUUGCUGAUACUGAUAUUGAGUUGAUUUGUAAAUAUUUAAUUCGAAUAAAAAUGA